CAUCACGAAGUUGUCUCUUCACCAUCCUGUACACUGCGUACAUCGAUUGGCAGACAUUAUUGACACUAUCAGGUGAAACGGAAUGAAUUCUUCAAAUCCAAAGCGCACACCCGAUAGGGCUGACAACAGGGCCUGGAUCAGCCAGGAGACUGAAUACAGCGGAGGUUGCGGAGGGAUUGACGUUUUUGUCAACCAAACACUGACGAGUCCUUCCCCAACGAGGAGCCAAAAGGUCGAUGGAUCGCCAAUCAGGGAGUGGCCGUGGACUCAUGAGUUACCAACCAGUGCUGACAGGGCCAGGAACGGUCGCAGACUGGGAAGAACACUCAUUCAAUGGAACAGGCCUCGCAUGCCUGAAAAGUUGCUUCUCUGCAUCCAGUAUGAGUGUUCAAUUCGGGGAAUUUCGUUUUCAUGGGAUGCUAUUGCGCAUCGCCUCCAGCCCGGUUCCUCCGAAUCGGCAAUUACGCAACAUCUGAACCGCCUUCGACCCACCUUGCUUGCCGAAGGACACCUCAUUCCGCCUGCUCCUAGUCGUCCAGGUUCCGUCUCGGCGGAGGACCUAAUUUAUCGAGGUUUCAUUCGAGAUGACGAUAAUGGUGACCAGGAAGACGCCAGAGGUGUCAGAUACCGCAAGGCACGCUUCACGGAGGCGAUAGAGCAUCGAAAGACAAGCUUAAGUGCUGUUAGUGUAAACGCAUCCGGCGUACUUCCUAUCAAGGCUUUUGCGGAUGAGGUAGGAGCGAAUACAGAUGAGGAUAUGAUUUUUCAACAACCGAAGGAGAAGAGACAGAAGUGACGUUGAUCCGUUUUCUACUCCAACAAAGAGGUUCAGGGAGAGCCCUGUUCAAUAUGGUAGCGCACUUCGCCAGGCUCAGCUAACUCCUUC